GAUCAGAUGUUAUUGUAACUGAUGCAAUUUCAUAUCGUGCCACAAGGUGGUAGUAUCUAUUCCUAGAGACUGAGGUUGAUAGGUGGAGAUAAAGAGAAGAAGAAGGUUAAGCUGGAUGUAAGAGAACAACUAGAGACGUGUUGUGUGUUUAUCUGCUUGCCUAGAGGUAAUAGUAAUAAAGGCACGUUGCAGAAGUAUAAAUGAUUCGUUCUUCCAGAUGAGGAAAUGAACAAAACAUGGUACCAGGAGUAAAAAAUCUAACCUGAGGGGCAUUCUGGACAACGAUAUGGAUUCUAUCAAACCGCCAGAGAGUUUGAAGCUAACGGGAAACGUCGAUCGCAACUGGCGUGCCUUCAAGCAACGAUUCCAGCUGUAUAUCGCGGCCCUGGGAUUUGAAACCAAGCCAGAUGCAAGAAAGGUAGCGUUACUGCUUACGAUAGCAGGGCCUCAAGCUAUUGAAGUGUACAACACGUUCGUAUAUGACGAUCCCAGUGAUAAAGAGAAGUUUAACACGGUUAUUGAAAAGUUUGAUGCCCAUUGUUCUCCUAAGAAGAAUGAGACGUAUGAGAGAUACAUUUUUCGCUCGCGAAUUCAGCAGCGAGGCGAGUCUUUUGACAGCUUUCUGACAGACCUGAAGCUCAAAGCACAGACUUGCAACUUUGCUAUAUUACGUGACUCCAUGAUCCGUGACCAGAUCGUGUUUGGCGUGGUGGACAAAAAAGUCAGAGAACGGCUUCUGAGGGAAACUGAGCUGACGUUGGAAGGAGCCAUAAGGAUCUGUCAAGCGUGUGAGUUAUCACAACAGCAUGUCAAGACAUUCAGUGAGAUGGGCGCGACGGCAGUCAGUGACAGCGUUACUGUGGGAGCAGUUUCCAGCCAGAGCGGGAGGCGCACACAGCCGCGGUCCGACAACAGGAGCUUUGACUGCAAACGGUGUGGCUCAAAGCACAUGCCCAAACAAUGUCCAGCUUAUGGUAAGACCUGCUCUUUAUGCAGGAGGAAGAACCAUUAUACCAGGCAGUGCUUCUCAAAAAGUGAGAAAGAAAAGAAAAGCCGAUCAAUAAACACAGUUGAAGACACUGAUCUCAGUGAAACUUUUUUUGUUGGUCUUGUUAAUCAUGAAGAUGAGCCAGACACAGACAGAAAUACCAUGAUAGAAGACAAAUGGACAGUACCACUGAUAGUAAAUGGGACACUUGUCACAUUAAAGCUAGACACUGGUGCCAAAGCAAAUCUGAUCAGUUUAUCUGACAUCAAAGGCCUGAGAGAAAAGCCCAGAAUACAGCGAACAAAAUCUGCUCUAAAAGACUACAAUGGACAAAGGAUUGAAAGUUUUGGCACAUGCAGACUAAAAGUGAGAGUGAAAAACAAAGUGCACCACUUAUUCUUUUCUGUUGUUGCUGAGGAGUGUGAAUCCCUGCUUGGUGACAAAGCCUGUGAAGAUCUUGGACUGGUAAGACGAGUGUAUCUCAUCAACACAGAAGUGAAUACACCAAAUGACUCUGUUGACAGCAUAGUUCACAGUUUUGCAGAUGUGUUUAAAGGACUUGGCACCUUGCCUUUCACAUACAAAAUUGUGCUUAAAGAAAAUGCUAAGCCAAUAGUGCAUGCUGCUAGAAGAGUACCUGUACCUCUGAAAGACAAGCUAAAGAAGGAACUGGACAAAAUGACCACACUGGGGGUGAUAAGAAAGGUUGAAGAACCUACUGACUGGGUAAACUCCAUGGUGUGUGCAAAAAAAAAGAAUGGUGAACUGCGAAUAUGCAUGGACCCAAAAGAUCUAAACGAGAACAUCAAACGUGAACACUACCAAAUACCUAAGCGUGAAGAAAUAACCAGUGAAAUGACAGGUGCCAGAUAUUUCACAAAACUUGAUGCUUCACAAGGUUUUUGGCAGUUAAAACUAGAUGAAAGCAGCACCAAGUACUGCACCUUCAAUACGCCAUUUGGCAGGUACUGCUUCCUAAGAAUGCCUUUUGGAAUAAUCUCAGCAUCUGAGAUAUUUCACAGAGCAAUGGAGCACAUAAUUGAAGGACUGGAAGGUGUCCGAGUUUAUGUGGACGACAUAAUCAUCUGGAGCUCUACAAUGCAAGAACACAAGGAGAGACUGACAAGAGUACUUGAGCGAGUACGACAGUAUGGACUCAAGCUCAACAAGAGCAAAUGUCAGUUUGGAGUACAAGAAAUUGUUUUUCUGGGAGACAAGCUUUCUGCACAAGGUAUUCAGCCUGACCAUGAAAAAAUCAAUGCAAUACAGGACAUGCCAAGGCCCACAGACAAGACAGGAGUGCUACGCAUAAUGGGAAUGGUGAAUUUCAUCAGUAAAUUCAUUCCCAAUCUGUCUGCAAAAACAUCCUGCAUUCGUGAGCUCCUGCAUAAGGAGCACAAGUUCAAGUGGACAGCACAGCAUGAAGAGGAGUGGGAAAAUCUCAAAAGAACGCUGACAACUGCACCUGUGUUGGCAUUUUAUGACUCAACGAAGGGGAUCAAAGUGUCAACGGAUGCCUCCAAAGAUGGAAUUGGUGCGGUACUCCUGCAAGCUGAAGGUGAGCAUUGGAAACCUAUAGCCUACGCAUCCAGGUCCAUGACAGAAAGUGAGCGUCGCUAUGCUCAAAUUGAAAAAGAAUGCCUAGGAUUAGUUUUCGGCUUAGAGAGGUUCCACAGCUACAUAUAUGGCUUACCAUCCUUCACUGUAGAAACAGAUCAUCGCCCACUAGUUUCUAUCAUCAAGAAGAAUCUGAAUGAAAUGUCACCAAGAAUUCAGCGUCUAAUGAUGAGAAUGCUGAGAUAUGACUUUGAAUUGGUGUAUACACCAGGAAAACACCUGAUAAUUGCAGAUGCACUCUCACGAGCACCCACAGGGAGAAAUGUGAGUACAACAGAAGACGACAUUCAAACUCAUAUAAACAUGGUCUCUGCUCUGCUUCCUGUGUCAGACAUGAAAUCCAAGCAAAUUGUAGAUGAGACUGCACAAGACACAGAACUGCAACAUGUCAUCAGAAACAUGUCAGAUGGCUGGCCCGCUGGUUCAUGUCCACUCUUCUACCACAUCAGAGGAGAACUGAGUGUGGUUAAUGGGCUGCUGCUGAAACAGGACAAAAUCGUCAUUCCGCAAAAGAUGAGACAAGAGAUACUUACCAGAGUACAUGAAGGUCAUCUCGGGAUUGAAAAAUGCAAAAGAAGGGCAAGAGAGACAGUCUUUUGGCCAGGUAUAAACAGAGACAUUGAGAGUCUGAUAAGCAGAUGUGUAACAUGUCAAAAGUAUCGCAACAGGCAGAUCAAAGAGCCUAUGGUGAUAGCAGAAACACCAACAGCACCAUGGCACAAAGUAGGAAUGGAUCUAUUUCAUGCCAAAGGCAAAGACUACUUAGUGGUCAUUGACUACUAUUCAAACUUCCCUGAAAUGGCAUUGCUCUCAAACUUAUCAUCAUCAUGUGUCAUAACACAUGUAAAAUCCAUCUUUGCCAGACAUGGUAUCCCAUACAUGGUGAUGAGUGAUAAUGGACCAUGUUUCAGUAGCAGAGAAUGGCAGAAGUUUGCAGAGCAGUAUGACUUCAAGCAUGUGACAUCCAGCCCGUUAUACCCACAGUCAAACGGUAAGGCAGAAAAAGGUGUCCACAUUCUCAAACAGCUUCUGAAGAAAGCUGCAGACAGUGACUCAGAUCCAUACCUUGCCUUACUCAGCUACAGAACAUCACCGCUUGAGUGUGGACUAUCACCUGCUGAGCUACUGAUGAACAGAAAGCUGCGUACCACACUACCAAGCUAUACCAAGCCUGAAAAGUAUCCAAAGAUACAUCAGAAACUGCAGCGACAAAAGGUAAAGCAAAAGUUGUUUUAUGACAGAACAGCCAAGCAACUUCCACCUCUGGUGACUGAUGACACAGUCAGGAUUGAGGAUCAUGAUGGAUGGAAAACCAAAGCCAUUGUUCUGGAGGAAGUGGCUCCAAAGUCAUUUAAUGUGAUGACUGAAAACGGACAAGUCGUUCGUCGGAAUCGACGUAGUCUUCUGAAAACAUCAGAGCCUGAUCCAAAAGUCACUGACACUCAAAGUGACAGGGAAACCAUAUCUCCAAAUGACACAGACUGUAUCAAAAUGAACACUGAGAGUGAGCCUGCACUCAGAAGAUCUGCAAGAGAGAUCAAGAAACCUCAAAGACUGGAUUUGUAAAAAAAAAAAAAAAAAAAAAAAAUGCUGAGGUUAUUGUUUAGUAUUUGUAGUUAUGGUUUAAGGCACAAAUGUUUAAUGUUAUAGAAGUUAAAAAAAAAAAAAAAAUUAAGAAAGGAGGAUGUGAUGAUCAGAUGUUAUUGUAACUGAUGCAAUUUCAUAUCGUGCCACAAGGUGGUAGUAUCUAUUCCUAGAGACUGAGGUUGAUAGGUGGAGAUAAAGAGAAGAAGAAGGUUAAGCUGGAUGUAAGAGAACAACUAGAGACGUGUUGUGUGUUUAUCUGCUUGCCUAGAGGUAAUAGUAAUAAAGGCACGUUGCAGAAGUA